AAAAGCGGCAUGCAAUGCAAGUUGUUCGAAGUUUUCAAGCAAAGCAAGAAAUCGUGUUUCUAACGUGAAACGUAGAUUUUAAAAGAUAAAUAUUUAGAUCUCUCGAUCCACAUAGAAUAAAAUUUUCAAGAAAGUAUACUGAAGUAAAAUUUAAUCAUAGUUGUGCGUUUAACCACUUAAAAUAAUUGAAACAUCUGUUUUUCGGAUCUUACAAAAGAGACAAUGCGGGUUCAGCAAGAAGACACUCCACCGUCGUCAGUGAAUGGCGACGAAAUCACAGGCAUGGAGGACGAGAUGUACUACUACGAAGAAGGCGAAGAGAUUCAGCUAGGAGAUGACGAGUACCUUGAAGAGGUGACGGACUUAGAAGAGGAAGAGGAGGACGUUGAUAUGGAACCUCCAGAGGAUCAUGCAGCUUUCGUAUUCAGUAAGCAUGUUGGAUCAGUGUUCUGUUGUGAUGUACAUCCUGAGGGAAAGUUAGCAGUCACUGGAGGUGAAGACGACAGGGCCUAUGUAUGGUCUGUUGAUAACGGACAGCUGGUGAUGGACUGCACUGGCCAUAAAGACUCCGUCAUCUUUGCUGGCUUUAGUUUCGAUGGAGCUUAUUUAGCUACAGCUGACAUGUCCGGACUAAUCAAAGUUUGGAAAUGUAACUUAGAAGAAAACCAACAAACUCCAUGGACAGUUGCCUUUGAGUAUGAAGCUGAUGACUUAACCUGGGGCUUGUGGCACUUUGGAGCCAGAGUUCUUAUAUUUGGAACAGAAUCUGGAGAUAUCUAUGUGUUUAAAGUACCCUCGGGAGAUACCAAAGUCUUGCAAGGACAUAAUACUAAAGUAGAGUGUGGAAAGUUGUUCCAUGAUGGUGUCCGCUUAGCGGCAGGCUAUGAAGAUGGAGUAGUGAAGAUAUGGGACCUCAAGACUUCAGCGGUGUUGCAUCAGUUACCUGCUACGGUACACCAGAUCAGAGUCACAGCCAUAGACACACAUCCUGAUGAUAACCUCAUGGCUUCAAUAUCUACUGAUGGCAAAGUUGUCCUAACAACACCAAACAAUGGUAAAGUGGUCGGCCAGUUAGAAACGGAGAAUGAUUUGGAAACAGUUGCAUUUGCACAAGACACACAGUUGGGAUUACUUGCUACAGGGACACUAACAGGAGCAGUAGGCAUAUGGGAUGUAGCCAGACAAAUGAUUCGUCAUCAAUGUGCCAAAUCGGACGACGCGGUCGGCGGCGUUACCAAGAUGGUUUGGGUGAAGAACCAUUUGGUCACCGGCUGUCUCGACGGCUCCGUACGAGUCUACGAAGGCAGAACUGGAGAAAGAAGCCAGAUGCUCACAGGACAUCGGUCCGAAGUACUAGACCUAUGUUUCAACCCUAAAGAAAGCCUAAUACUCACCACCUCCGAUGAUGGAACCGCAAGGAUAUUUAAGUACGAAGUAAACAAAGAUAAUGAUUAAAUAUA